CGAAUAGGAAGCCGUUACCAUAACCAGAUGAAUGAGUUUCCAUUUACUGAAUCAUUCAUACAAACCUUUUGUUGGUGUUUUACAUGAAACGCUGUUCAAAUUCAGAUUGCAUGGAACAAAUAUGUGAACAUGAAUCUGUGUGAUGAGGCUCGGCAAGUAAGAGCACACUGUUUUCCAGGAGCACUGCCUCAUGGGAAUCAAAGGAACGGUCCGCAGGAGUACUGAUGGUGACUUCAUCCAUGCUAACGUGGACAUCGACUUGAUUAUCACCGAGGAGCCCGAGAUGGGGAACGUAGAGAAGCCCGUGGAGAUCUUUCACAUCAUUGAGCACUUCUGUUUGGGCCGAAGGAGGUUGCACCUGUUUGGACGAGACUCAACCAUCCGACCAGGCUGGUUGACCGUUGGUCCUACAUUAACAAACACCAACUUCAACCCAGAAGCAUAUGCUUCACAUUUCCCUCUACCUGACGACCAUUUGUCUGGUUGUACAGAGGAAAUAGAGAGACUGAGGCCCAAAUCUCCAGUUAAGCUGAAGUCGGACCGUGGUGGUGGAGCCCCCAGAGGGGGCCGUGGUGGGCCGAAUGCAGGACGAGGUGGAGACAGAGGCAGAGAAAGAAACAGACCAAAUUUCCGAGGGGACAGAGGAGGGUUCAGAGGCAGGGGAGGGCCACAUAGGGGGUUUCCACCUCGCUAGAACUUUUAUUUAACCACGCGUGUCACGAUUAGUGAGAAGCAAUUAAAAUCUGAAUGUGAUUUUUCAAUUUUGGGGAAAAAAUGUUUCUUUGUUUAAGUGUUACAGGAAUAAACUGCUUUUUUAUAAA